UUAUUAACAGUUUAUUUAAGCCUCAGUCAGAGCUGUAUUAAGCAGGUUUACUCUCAGUGUUUCAAACUGCUGCACACAUUGUAGAGAGAUGAUACUGAAACACACUGAAAGAUAAGUAGCAUUAAAUACAGUAAACAAUGAACAGACAGUGGGUUGUUCAGCACAGCAGAGAGAGAGAAGCUCUGACUGCACCAGUCAAGUAUCGCCUGCAGUCGUGAAUCCAGCCUUGGUUAUCGCCCACAUCAGUACCACCAUGUCUGUUUAACUGCCUGGACAGAGGCCGUGCAUGUGUAGAGCUGCUGGUCGAACACCCUCCAUCAUAACUGUUGUAUGAGAUUCACAAGUGGAGAGGAGGGAAAGAACCGUACAUGUUGGUUACUGUAUAAGACAAUCAGAUAAUGACAGCCUGCUGCUCUGUGCACUUUAUCUAUACAACAACGUUAUGUCAACACACCUGUCUCACUGGGCCAAAAGUAUGUGGACAGCCGAGGACACUCUAAGUACACAGUCUACAGUGUAUUUGUUAAAGAUACCUGCUGAUUUGACUGAUUUACAAACCCUCCCUCUCCUGCCCACAGGAGCGUACCUGUGCUGUGUGCUGAUGAAACCGUGCCGCUGUCCGUGGUGCUGAACUAACAGAUUCAGACAAGUUCCUCGUAGCCGUCACUUCAACUAUUGCUGCUUAAAGUCACGAAUAAAGAUGGACGUCGCCUCUGUGACGUCACCCACAGGUUUCUGAAGCUCAGAGUGAGCUGCUCCACUGUUGCCAUCUUGGCAGUGUCUGACUCCGCCCCCUAACUCCCAGCUAAUCCAAAACAGGCCACGCCAUCAAUCCUCCAUAACUGUAGUCCUUAAUAAAAUGUAAACAGGUGAGUUAUAUAAACAGGUGAGUUAUAUAAACAGGUGUCAUGAAGGAGGAAAACAGUUUUUGUACCAGGCUGUAAACAUGUUUAUUUCUGCUGUAAAGUUGGACAUUUUAACAUGGGAGUCUAUGGGGACUGACUCACUGUUGGAGCCAGACUCUAGUGGUCGUUAGAGGAACUGCAGCUUCUGGUUCUUUACUGGUUGCAGCUUGAGACAAACACAAUGUGCUUAAAGCUGAUAUCACACUAAUCAUUAUAAUCCUUUGUGUCUUUAUUGAACACACACUUUAAACAUUCACAGUUCUGGUUGAAUAGUUAAAAAUCUAUGUAGAUAAUAAGUUUUAAAAUUUCGCAACUACAAAUCUGUAGACAGUAACAUCUGCCUGCUGUGUCUUACAGAUGUGAAAUGUUUUCUGCAUCAUGUUGAAAGUGUGUCGUCUUUUCUCUCCUCUCCCUCUGAAAAGGUCUGAACCACUAGAUGCACAGCGAGCGGAGGGUUCAGUAUCGACUGUACUCACAAGCAGCGGCGGUCGGUCUCAGUAAACAGUACAAUUGAGCUUGAGUGGUGGAGCGCUGAAGCAUUUUGUAAUCGUGACCUUUGGCUACCUAUAGCCUACAUAUGCUCCAGUGCUCUGCAGAGACAUGAGACAUUUCAUUGUAACCAGGAGGAUUUCUACGAGGAGCUCAGCAAGUGGAAGAUCCCAUUUCCUGCAUAAUGUGGUGUCAUUUUUAAAAGCUUCUGAUGCUUUUUUUCAUCUUUUAAUUUCACUCUCAGGGAUAAAAUCCUCCCCCUAUAGUUUUCAGAGCAUAUGUAAAUUAGAUCCGUUCUUGCGGUGACGAUGAGGUUUUUGUUAGUUCCUGAUAAGCUGCCAGUUUGGAGAUAUGGGCUCCUCAGUCAGCAGUGAGUGUAUGGGAUUUGACAUGCUUUUGAUUGAACAGCGAAGCGACUUUCUUCCUGGCUGCGUGGAGCUCCUCUGGAAAUGGGCCAGUCAGGAAAAUGAUUUGCUGAAUGCUCAAUUCAAAGGAGGAGAAUCCCUCCUCCUCCUUCUUGUGUACGUCUCUUUGUCACAGUAAUAUUGUUUGAAUGCAUAUAAUAAAGUUAACCAUGUUAGAUAUGCUCCCAGAUGGAGGGACACUCCCGUGAUUAAUGAGGCGGCUUUUUCAGCUGUACAGGACAAUGACUUCCUGUCCUGCUGACGUGCUGUUGAGCACAUGAGGUCAUGUCAUCCGUCCUUCUUCUUCUGGGCGAGUCGGAGGGUUUAGAUGAUGAGGGGUGACUCCUGUUUUCUUACUCUCAUGUCUGUAUUAACGGAGCCAGCAGCUGAUUUUGUUUGGAGGACUUGUUGCCCCAACUGCAGGGCUCCUGCUCUGACCUCUGACCUCUGACCUCACACCUUCACUUCAGCAUCAAUAAAACAUAAAUCACAUUGCUGUCCUGUCCCCUCGGGUUGUCUCACGCAAAUGAGCUAAUUUCCUGUUUUUUCAGGACAAACACGUUGAGUCAUUAAGGAGCCACUUUUUAACGAAGGUGGGUUUAAAGGUUCUAACUAACGACUUAAUUAAUCAUUUCUGAAGCUUUAAAAACCUUAAGACUCAUUACUGAGAACAGCCUUUGGUUGCCAGGUUGGUUCAAAUCUCUCUCAUGCAGAACACUUCCUCUGUCUUUUAAUUGCUUUAGUUCAUGACCCGUUGACCAGACCCUGCUGAUGAACCAUUGACCUUUGACCUUCUGGAAAAGUGCUGCAGGGCGUCUCGACACAAAUCUUAUUGUAAAAGUCCUUAUUAGGCUCAUUAGCGCUGUUAGCGGUGUGGCUACCUGAAAAUCCGUAGCAAAAACCGAGCAAAACAUCUCAACAACUAUUGGAUGGAUCAUAUUAAAAUGCUUUUGCAGGCAAUCAUGGUCCCCAGAGGAUGAAUCCUAAUGACUGGAGUGAACCUUUAUUCUCAUCUUGUGACCUAAGCAGGUCAAAGCUUUUACUUAUUUGAUCAUCUUCAUUCAUGCUCCCCAGAUUUUGGUUCAGAUAUUCAUGUUCCCCUCAGGAUGAAUUUUAACCACUUUGGUGACUUAUCUUAUUUGAUUUUAAUGUCAGGAUGACUAUGAUGACUAUAAAUAGAUUCCUCACAACCUGGCAACCCAAAAUUCAGGUUUUACUUACCCAGCAAAAUAUCUGAUCAUCUUCAUUCUUACUCCCCAGAAGAUGAACCCCUGUCUUUUCUAGCACCACAGUGAGGCUAACAUUAGCGAUUCUGAAUGAAAUAUCUCAACAACUUUUGAAUGAAUUUCCAUAAGAUUCGGUUCAGAUGUUCAUGUUCCCCUCAGGAUGAAUUUUGAUCACUUUGGUGACCUAACUUUUUAUAUGAUCUCAUUUAAAUGUCACUAAUAAAUUGGUUUAUGACUAACUACCUGGCAACCCAGAAGUUGCUCUUAUCAAAGGCUCAUAUCUGAUCCAUAAAUCCUCAUUAAUGGAGCCACUGUAGUUACUGUUUAUAAGCCGUUUAUAAAGAGUGGAGCCGCCCGCCGCCUCUCAUCUGAUUAGUGCGCUGCGCCGGGGAACACUGAGGCUGGUGCGGUAAUAAGCAUUAUAAGGCGGUCUGCCGGAGCUCAGUCUGUGGGAGGGGUCUGCCAAGCCUCUCUCUCUAAUUGACCGGGGAGCAGAAGCAGAAGCAGCCGGGGAGAGAGGUGGUGCUCCGCUAAACCGCAUUUAGUCGCUUUAAUAACCGCUGACCGCGACACAUCAGGAGGAAUUAGAUCCAUCCGCGUGUUUCUGCAGGAGAGAAGAGACAGAAGAGAAAGUGAUGAGCGGGAAUAUUCAUCAGGAGAGACUUGCUCACUUGUAGGAGACUUUAAAACGCUCGCGGUGCACCUGCAGAGAGAUGCGUGUAGGAUGUUGUUUUGACUUGAGGCGCAGAUAGAAAGUGUCUCGCGGCCGGAAAUGAAAGUUGCAGCUUCACGUUGAGUCGUUUCAGGGAGUUGGAGCCUCUCAGCGGGUUGUUUCUCUGACAGACGCGGACGCAUGGGCCUGACAAACCGGAGGAACCCAGCCCGUGUUCAGAUGGCUGAUCUGGAACUGAUUUACUUUGAUCAGCCCGAUCCCAGAGGCUCCUCCCCGGGCGGGAAUAAGCAGAGUGUGGCGGAGAUCCGCGGCGGAGGGAAGUCACCUCACCCCGGGGGAAGAGAGGGUUCAGCACCAUGGACAGAGACCCGGAGAGGGGGCGCGCGGCCGGAGCAGGAAACAGAAACCUCCUUCACCUGCAGCCACCGAGGUGAUGAAGGUGAUGACGAUGAUGAUGAUGAAGAUGAUGAUGUCCGGCUGAUAGGGACCAGUCCGCAGACCUGCACACUGAUCCGGAGCUCCUCAAGUGAACUGUGCGAGGAGGAGGAGGAGGAGGAGGAGGAGGUGAUGGAGGAGGAGGAGGAGGAGGAGGAGGAGGAGGAGGAAGAGGUGAUGGAGGAGGAGGAGGAGGACAUCCCGGAACUUUACUUGCUGUCCGACGACGACCUCUCCUCUGACGGCCCGGGGAAGUCGGUGGACUACGGCUUCAUCAUCGCAGUCACUUGCCUGGUGACCGGCAUCUCUCUGGUCGCCAUAUCCUACACGGUCCCCAGGGACGUGCGCGUGAACCCGGACAGCGUGUCCGCGCGGGAGAUGGAGCGGCUGGAGCGGGAGAAAGCCAGAGUCGGGGCCCACCUGGACCGGUGUGUGAUCGCGGGACUGUGCCUGCUCACCCUGGGGGGCGUGCUGCUCUCCACCCUGCUCAUGGUCUCCAUGUGGAAGGGGGAGAUGAUGAGGAGGAGGGCGUUUGCUUAUUCCAAACACGCAGCCAAGUUGUACGGCUCCAUCAGCCUGAGAGCGGGAUCCAGCCCGACGCGGGAAUCCUGCUCACACGUGUCAGCGGCUGAUGAGGAUUUAGAGGUGCUCAGCUGAAUUCAUGAACAGGAGGAGCGGGAAAGACUCAGACAAGCGCUUUGAAAAUCCUCCCAGUGCUGUCCUCCUGACGGGGGGGGGGGGGGGGGUUUACCGCCUUUUAAUGUCUAACAGCUGAAGAAGUUUCUCUUUAAAGGACAAGUUCACUUUUUAAAAGUCUCAUAUGUUCAUGGUUCCUCCUGAGUGUCAGUGAUCAGGGACAAAGCUGUUUCCUGUGUGAGUGAAGUUCAGACAGAGAUUACCCACAAUGCAUCCAUGACAUAAAGUUUAUGUUGAGUGGACACAAAUGUUCAAGACCGUCCACGUGACAUAAAAACGUUGUGUUCACUGGACAAACACUCGUCCCUUGUGAGGCUGACAUGAUUUUUUUCAGUUCAUUCUACUUAAAUCUGAAACUUAAAUCUGAAACUUAAAUCUGAAGCUUAAAUCUUCGUGAAACUUCACUGAAAAUUUUGUGUCAAACUGACAAAAAUCUGCAGUCAGACGGAGGUCAUGUGACACACAAAAGUUUAUAGUGUGUGGCGUUUCCAGUAAACUUUAAAUUGAG